CCGGAAUACUAAUUCUGAGCCCGCUCCAGCUGAAUGUGUGAUGUGAGCUGCAACAUGGCUGCAGGAGUCUUCAGCAACCACACGUCACAGAACUCUGUGGUGCUCACCGUGGUCUUCCCUGCCCUGUACUCGCUGCUCUUCGUUGGAGGACUGGUGCUGAACUGCCUGGCUGCCUGGAUCUUCUUCAAGAUCCAGUCCCGAAACAGCUUCAUCCUCUACCUGAAGAACAUCACGGCAGCCGACUUUCUGAUGAUCCUCACCUUCCCUCUUCUGAUAGCCAAGGAGUCCGAGCUGGGGCCCUGGUGGCUGCACGGGCUGCUCUGCCGCUACUCCGCCGUGCUCUUCUACGCCAGCAUGUACGUCAGCAUCCUCUUCCUCGGCCUGGUCAGCCUGGACCGCUACCUGAAGAUUGUGCAACCUUUUGGACACUCUUGCCUCUACAGCUACACUUUCACCCAGGUGCUCUCGGCUGGCGUGUGGAUUAGCAUGGUCGCCCUCUCCCUGCCCAACACCAUUCUGACCAACAAGCCACAGAAUGCUAGCAACGCCCACAGCUGCACUGCCCUGAAGAGUGAGCUGGGCAUACGCUGGCACGCUGCCGUCGCGUACGUCAACAUACUCAUCUUUGCGGUGGUCCUGGUCACCCUGCUGGUCACCUACGUGUCCAUUUAUCGGCACAUCCACCGCUCCAACGCCCAGUUCAUCAGCUCGGGCGAAAGCAGAAGCCCACGGGCCGGACAGAACAUCUCAGUGGUGCUGGUUGUGUUCUUUGUGUGUUUUGUACCCUACCACCUAUGGAGAAUUCCCUUCACCCUCAGCCAGGUUGAAGGGCAAUUCAGCAAGGAGGCGAAAGACAUACUGAUGUAUGGGAAGAAGGUUACACUCUUUCUUUCCUCCUGCAACGUCUGCCUAGACCCCAUCAUCUACUUCCUCAUGUGUAAAUCCUUCACGCGUCGGCUCAGGGCACAACUGGGCAUCAAACGCAGCUCCAGCCUGAACGACUCUCCCUCGAUCGCCCGGAAGACACAGGUGAGGCGGUUCCGGGAGUAUUCCAUCUCUGCUUCAGACUGUCCCGAGCAGGCUUCAGCUGCCCUCACCUGACACUGUGCCUUUGGUCUGUUUGUGCCUUGGCUCCUGACAGAAAAGCAGCUCAAUCUGUUUCAAUGCCCUCCUUAUGUUUUCGAAGAAACGCUGACUCUUGACCUACCAUCGCUUACUGCCAAGUCUCACUUUCCUCUGGCAGACUCCUUUUUUUACAAAAACACCACUUCAUCAGACCUGGGGCAGAUAUGUAUUUGAAACACUAAAACUCCUCGAUGCUGGUAGAAUCCUGUAAGUCCUGGAGAAUUUAUUUCAGUUUAUAUCAUGGACGUGCUUCCUUGGAGAAGAAAUAUGUAACUGCCCCCCACUGUUUUAGUGAAGCAAGUAAACAAGACGUUUGUAUAAACUGCAGAGAUAACUGAAUAGAUCUAAAGGUCAAUUAAGCAUGAUGAAUGUGUGAUCAAAGGUUAUUCUGGUAUGAUACAGAUAUCCCACUUCCUUUCUGGUCAGUGUUUACCCCAGCAUGUGUAUAUAUUACUGAACCAAAAAUGUAAAUAUUGCAUUUUUCAUAUGAAAAACAUUUAUAGUCCUUGUCUUGUCUUGAAUCUUACCAGCUGUUUUCUGGAGCCUGACUCACGUUCAAACUCGUCUUAAUUCUUUUGAAGGGAUCUACUGAACUUUUCAAUCUAUUCCAUGCUGAGAUAGUAGAAUCAACAUUAAACAUACACAUGCGUGCACACACACACACACACACACAAUCCCAGUAACACAUAAAA